AUGAUAAAUUACCUGGUGCUUAACCCCCCUUUGGGGCUGGAGAAGUUUCCAACGCUGAAGCAGCUCAGCACCAACGACAUCGUUAGGAUCUGGGCUAGCGCAUGCUACUACCUGAGAAUACAGCUGUUGCUGAACAGGGCAGUUAACAUUGGAAUUGGGACAUUUGCAGUUGUCAACGAGCAUGUCCGUGUGGGAGAGGGCGAGGUUUUGCCUCUGCAAAGGCCUGUGUUCCAGAUGUGCAGGUUUUUCAAGAGGUUUUACCGGCUCAGAUAUGCUCAGAAGGAAAUUCCUGAUGACAUCCCAGUUGUGCAGCUGAGCUUCGAGCAGAUAGCCAAGGAAACCGGCUUCCUGCAAGAAGCAGUGCAGCGGUGCAUAGAGGAGACUCUGCUUUUCUUUGCUGGAGCCGUGGCAGAAGGCAAGGAGGUCGAAAUGGUCUUCAAGGACAUGGGCGUUCUUGCCGUGCGAAGACAAGUGGUCACUAUGAACUUUUUUGAUCACUGUCUUAUGGAGGUGGAUGCCACAGGCAACAUGUUCCCAGCUCUUCUCACGGAGUCCAAGAUGAUGGAUGUUGUCACCUUUGUUACCCGAAAUGAUUUUUCUCGCUUCAGUCGUGAUGGUGUCAUCGUGCUGCCAAGGUUUGCACUUGAGAUCACCGGCAAGACGUCUGCCCAUGCACGUUCUGUCAAGCCCAGGGAAGAACUGGUGCCUGGUGAGCACCAUGCCAGAAAAGUGAGCCUGCUGGAUCCGGUCCUCCUGGCUCGACGAAGGAUUUCUCUGGCCAAACUGAAGUUAAAGGAUAGCGAGGAAUUUCCUGGCAAGGAAGGGGGCCAUGCCAGAUCGCUGCCAGCAAUUAGGGAGAGCUUCUCCAAGACGAGCAAGCAGCCAAAGUUUGAAACUCGACUGAACUUUGAACUGCCCGACUGUGUUCAUCAGCCAUCAGGAAAGGGAGUGUGCUACCUCUGCACCGAUCCCGCAGAAAGACGCCUGCGGCUGCUGAUGGCAUCAAAGCGCAAAGAGAUAGAAGAUGAAAUACUGGGGCAGUUCUACGAAAACAGACCGAGGGCAAGGGCAGAGCGAGACCAGACCACCUGUCGCCACCUGCGUGAGGAUCCCGGGCUUCCUUCCCACGUGCUGAGAAAGCAGUAUGACGAGAAGCUCAAGGAGCAAAUGAAAGAAAGGGCCCUGAAGAAUGCCAGCCAGAGAGCAUCAGAAGGGAGGCAAGAGCCACCGCUGACGUUCCUGGAGGGUUACAGAGCACAGCAGGGCGAGUGGGCAAGGAAGGCUGCCCUGAACACCAACAAGGGGAAGGAGAAGGUGGAGUUCAUCUGCAAGGGGGAGAAGCAGCAGCUCUGGGAUCGCCGUCAGAUGCCCCAAGCACUGCCAGCCGUGCGGAGAAGCUCCAACCGGACCCACAGAGUCCAACAGCCACGUCCUUAG